AUACAGAAGGAGAAAAAAGGAGCCAAGUUGCCCUGAUGAUCAUGAACUUGUCUUCUGAGCACUGCAACAUCUCAGAUUGGCUGAGGCUCGAAGCAACAGUGAAGGCCUCUGUGUACGUGGUCACUUUCUCCUUUGCCACAUUCAUCACGAUCAUCAUCAUUGCAAUAGUGUCACAGAAUUCAAAACUUAGGAAAGAGGUCCGAUACAUCUUCCUUUGCCACCAUCUGCUGUGCAUCUCAUCCUACUGUGGCCUGGGAAUGGUUUUCCAAGGGAUGCGAGCCCUGAUGGCCAACAGCCCCGUGCUGAUGUGCUGGUUGGUGUUUGGGGCCCAGAUAAGUUUUGGAGAAGGGAUCCUCUUUACUCUGGCCUUGAUGGCUGUCAACACUUACCUGGUCAUUUGUUGGCCAUUGAAAUCUCUGUCCUUUGUAGAUUCAGUUAAGUAUAGAAUCCUGGCUGGGACUUGGAUAAUGAUUAUACUCAAGAAUGUUUGUUUAUUCAUCAUAGAGGGCACCAACUCCACUUCGGUUGCUGUUUUAAAAUUAGAGCCCCUUUGCCCCGUGAUUUUUAAUGGUACUCCUGCCAGAGCCAUUGGCAUGAUUUUCUUUCUCCUUCCUCUAGCAAUAAUUCUUAUAAGUUACUCUCUAAUAUAUCAAGAAGGCAAACGUGCUGGCCAUUUUAAUAGGUCAAAUAUCAAAGCAAGGAAAACAGUCCUAAUUCAUUUUUUGCAGAUCGCCUUACAUGUAAUACCAACCCUGAUAUUUAUAGGUUUGGGAAAGAUGUGUGGAGUGUUUUUCUUUGCUUUAAAUCUGGUGCUUUUUGGAGUCUUUUCAUUUGGCCAGUGUUUUAACCCUCUGAUCUAUGGGCUCUGGAAUACCGAGCUGCAAAGCAGAUUAUGUCAUUGGAAAUGUUGUCAACUGUGGUAUAGUAGUCACACAACGAACAGCAGAGGGCAAGUUUAAACAAAAACUCAGCCAUUUUGGGUCAAUAACCCUAGUCCCAGUGGACCAUCAGCUAGGGUGAAGGACUUGCUUUUUACUCAACCUAACAUUGGUGCAUUGACUUGAUAUUGAAAAUAAUAUUAGUAAGUCAUAGCUUCAUCUGACUUACAAACUUUGCUGCUGCAUACACUGGUCUGUCCUCAGAGAAAUCGUUUUAUGUCUUUAAUUUUAAACCCAGAUCAACAUUUUGGCAGCAUGCCUUCUUGUGUUGCAGUAGUUGAGCAACUUUUGAGAAUGCUCCUGUUUUUAGAGACUGAGAAAUAGUCCAUAGUUGAUAUGAAGGGAAGAAGUUUGGCUGUUCCCCUUAUAGUAAUUAGGGAUAAGUUAUAAUAGAGCAGCAACAAAAUAACAGUGACUUUAAAAAGUUAGAGGUUAUUAUUUUUUCUUAUGUAAAAGAAAUCUGGAGGUACACAAUCCAGACCUAUGUGGCAAAUUGUUCUCAGGGAAUAUUCUCUUUUCCUUUGACAUGAUCUGCAUAUUACUUCAUGACCCCAGAUGGCUGUCAGUGCUAUCAUCACACUCUCAGUCCAACCAACAGGAAAGAGCAAGGGGCAAAGAAGAGUCAGUACUCUCCUUCUGAAGACACUUUCUAGGAGUUACAGAAAACAUUUUUUUUUACAUUUAACUGGCCAAAAUUUAGUCAUAUGGCUAUGGGAAAGUCAUAUGGCUUUAGGGGAGAGUGGGGAGAAAUUUUAGUUCGUAGUAGUGCCUCCAACUACCCAGUUAAAAAUUAGGGUUCUUAAUACUAAGAAAGGAAGGAAGAAUUGAUAUCAGGAAGCAAAACUAUCCCAGGGGUCAUUUUCUCAAUAAAAUUAAGUAUAAA